UGCCUCUGUAAAGCUGCCUGCCCUGCUUGCACGGUCCUGCCCUUCUCUUCAUUCACACCUUCCGGAUACUCGCCACGCCGCUGACGGGACUCGACCCCGGAGAGCCGGACUGAGCGCUGGCCUCGAACCCACUGCGCUGGAGUGACAGCCUGCUAGUUCUGCUGUUGCUAUUGUUACUAUUAUGGCACAACUGCAAACUGCUGAGCUGCUUUCCUGUGCAAUACAGCUUAGUUAAGGCGCAGCCCGUUCGGAACAGUGUGGCACCUGCGCGUCCACACUGGCAAAUAAUCGACUCGCUCAUCUAUAGACUUCCAGGACAGCCGACAAACAUCUGCACGUGUUUUCUGUGUGCUCACGUGGACACCUUCAGAACUUCAAAACCAGUUGCAAGGACGUCACUGGAGCGUGCAACAGUAAAAACACACAAAACAAGACUCAAGCAAAGCUGGACACGGCUCUAGAGAACGAGCUUCCCCCGCCAGGUACCGGCCGCGGGAACACGCUCCCGGGACGCCGAGCUCACUCUGAGUCUCAGUCUGAGUCAGCUCCUCGCUUUUGAACUUGGACCAGCAGUUUCGAGGUUGGAAUUUGGCAGUUUUUUUUGUUUCCAUUUAGACUUUAACACAGCAGGGGGCUGGCGGAACUGGAGCUCGUUAUUAUUGCGGAGGAACAGAGAAAGUGAGUCCUGCGCAAUCCUGCGCUGCCACUCUUUUGCCAGCAGCUUCCUGAGGACUUUAUAAAAACUGUUUUUGUUGCACGUAACCGAGAGAGAGAGAAAGAGAGAGAGAGAGAGGCGCAGAGAGAGUGAGAGAGAGAGAGAGAGAGAGGCGCAGAGACAGGCAUACAUAGAGAGAGAGAGACAGAGGCAGAGAGAGAGAAAGAGAGAGAGAGAGAGGCAGAGAGAGAGAGAGACAGAGAGGCAGAGAGAGAGAGAGAGAGAGAGAUACCGCCCGGGGCGCGUUCCGCUCACCCUCCCACCCGGCGCAUUUCCCUGAAUCAUUUGGCUUCAAGAUGUUUUUGAUAGUGUAGGUUUUUUUGUGUUUUUUGGUGGGAGUCCAGCUGUGACGCUGUUAUUCACCAUUUCUCCUGCGUGUUCUACUUCUUCAUCUUCGGAUUGUUCUCAAUACAAACCGCGGUCGCGCUGUCAGACCCUCAACGCGCCGGAUCACGGGACCCGGACUGGACUUUGCGGGUCCUCGAGCACUGUCCCCCUGCCUGCUCCCUCGCACCCUCGCCGGCACAGCAAACAGGACUGACACAGUUUCAUGUCUUUUUAAAAACUGGUUGCUGUAGUGCUGCUGGAGCGAUGCCGAGCUGCGUUGUGAUUGGCUGGCUGCUGCUGCUGCCAGCUCUGUGCCUGGCCGCGCCCGCUCACAUUAACCGCCUGGCGCUGUUCCCCGACAAGAGCGCCUGGUGUGAGGCGAAGAACAUCACGCAGAUCGUGGGGCACAGCGGCUGUGAAGCACAGUCCAUACAGAACCGGGCCUGUCUGGGGCAGUGCUUCAGCUACAGUGUGCCCAACACCUUCCCCCAGUCCACAGAAUCCCUGGUGCACUGCGACUCCUGCAUGCCAGCCCAGUCCCUGUGGGAGGUGGUCACACUGGACUGCCCCGGGAACAAGGAGAUGCCCCGCGUGGACAAGCUAGUGGAGAAGAUCCUGCACUGCAGCUGCCAGUCUUGCGGCAAGGAGCCCGUCCUGGAGGGGGCGCUGUUCAACGUGUACCUGAACCCCCCCGCCCCCCCCCAGCCUGGCCACGGCCACCACCACCUGGAGAGAGCGGGGGCAGGGGGGAGGGGGAGAGCGAGCAUGCUGCCCUGCCAACACACACUGAGAAACAAGAGCACUAGACCCCUCACCCCCUCCCUCCCUCCAUCCCUCCUCUGAACCCCUCCUCCCUCCCUCUGUCCCCCUCCUCCAUCCCUCCCCUCACCCCCUCCCUCCCUCCCUCCUCCAUCCCUCCCUCCGUCGCCUCCCCUCACCCCCUCCUCCCUCCAUCCCUUCCCUCACCCCCUCCUCCGAACCCCUCCUCCCUCCCUCCCCUCACCCCCUCCCUCCCUCCCCUCCUCCCUCCCUCCCUCCGUUGCCUCCCCUCACCCCCUCCCUCCCUCCAUCCCUCCUCUGAACCCCUCCUCCCUCUGUCCCCCUCCUCCGUCCCUCACCUCACCCCCUCCCUCCUCCAUCCCUCCCUCCGUCGCCUCCCCUCACCCCCUCCUCCCUCCAUCCCUUCCCUCACCCCCUCCUCCGAACCCCUCUUCCCUCCCUCCCCUCCCCUCCUCCCUCCCUCCGUUGCCUCCCCUCACCCCCUCCUCCCUCCAUCCCUGCCCUCACCCCCUCCUCUGAACCCCUCCUCCCUCCCUCCAUCCUCCUCUUUCCUCCUCCAUCCCUCCCUCCCUCCCUCCCCUCUGUCGCCUCCCCUCCCUCCCUCCGUCACCUCCCCUCACCCCCUCCUCCCUCCGUCCCUCCCCUCACCCCCUCCUCUGAACCCCUCCCUCCCUCCGUCGCCUCCCCUCCCUCCCUCCCUCCCCUCAUCCCCUCCCUCCCUCCCUCCAUCCCUCCCCUCUCACACCUCUAACAUUCACGGUUGUAUUCAAACAUUUUCAACAGGUUAGAGUCUAUAUUCAACUUCUGUAUUUCCUUCUUGAUGAAAAAAAGUAACAAAAUUGGUAUAAAUGUAUAAACAAAAUUCUAAAUGAAGAAAAUUAAUAAACCGUUCUUCGUUCUGCUUAGUAAAGGUUUGAUGCAGGAAUGGAUUUGCAUGCAGCUGCAGCCCAGAGAGAGCCAGGUUUAGACGAAGCAGAUACCACAGAUGACCACUAGAGGGCAGGGGCCUCACAGGAACCACUUGACAGACCGCCAGAGCCGCCGGGGCGCUGCAGGGCAGGCGAGAGCUCCGAGCUGGGGGAUUGAAGGGUCAGGAUGAGGCUGUUUUAAACGGGAGAGUCACAGAUGUGGCUUUAUUCAGUGUCAUGGCUGCAUUUCAUGACAAGCACUGGGGGAUGUUAAGGCUUGCUUGCAAUGAGACAGGCCGGUUUCGUGCCAGUCUGUGCAGGGUUAACAUGCUGUCUGACUCCGGGUUCUCCUCGCCUGCAGGCGGCAGCAGCAGCAGCGAUGAGAAGCAGGACGAUGCACAGCUAAGGGUCGCUUUCACUGUUUCAUUUUUAGACACCGGCUGUAGGGUUAGGGUUAGAAAUCUGCAUUAGAAACGAGAACUCAGAGACACUCAGCACGGUGACAAGGCGCGGGGGAUAGGGUUGCUAUGGUGACUAGGGAUACAGAAAUGGAGUGAAAGCCUUGCCUUGAAGUCCUGUCACUGACUAGCGAUUCAUUAGCGUAGGUUAACAAGAGAUCAUUACUUCAUUCAUUCUUGUAAAAAUGACAGUUUGUAUGAUCUAUUCCACGCUGUAUGCAGUAAUUAUUAGUAAAAUAAAUAAACACAUGAGUUGCUUUUUAAAAAUGA